UUCAUAACUUCUGACCCUUUCCCGUCUCUCAAUCGAGAGUGAAUCUCUCUCUCUCUCUCCCCCCUCCCUCUCUUUCUCUCUCACUUUCUUUAUGAAAUCUCUGACCCGAUCAUUCUGCGACCCUUCUGUCACCAAAUCUGCAUGUGUACGUCGUAGUUUCCCGCCACCCCCACUUCCCUAUGCCAUUAAAUGCUCCCAUUGGUUUUCAAGCCGUUUGGGAUUUUGGGCAACAGAGAAAAAGACUCCCAAAGCUCUUAACUUUCUUUAUUAUUAACCUUUUUUUAGUUCCUUAAUGAGCAUUAAUUAAUCACAUUAAGAAAGAUUUGUCCGUUUCCUCCCUAUAUAUAUAAACCACUCAUUCAGUUAGACCAGAAACUCAAAGCAACAAGGAAGGCAAAGGUUCUGCCAAUAGAGAGAGAGAGAGAGAGAGAGAGAGAAAGAAGGGGUCAUGCAUCUUUUCUGAUAUAACAAGAACAUUAAACCCUCCAGCUUUUCCAAACCUGCCCCAUUUUGUUUCGUAUUAAAAAGUCCCAUGAAAUAUGUGAAGGCAAAAGAUUAAGGUUGUCCGAGAGGAAAAAAUAUGGCAGUUCAGGCACAAAGUUUGUACUUUUCUGAAGAUUGGUCGUCGGCGGCAGCGGCGGCGCAGCUCCACCCUGUUUCGGGCCUUGACGACAUUUUUUCCGGCAUUCCGAGCCCUCAGCCCCCGGCUGUUCCUCCUCCUCAUCAUCACUUUCACCUCCGUCUUCCAGCGGCUCAGAAUCAGAGUGAGAAUUUAAAUACGACGGGCUUUGAUUUCUGCAACCAGUUAGGAUCUUCGGUUUCGCCUUCCACUUUCAAUAGCUUUCUCCCAACGCAGUUCUCGGAAAACUUAGGGGCGCAGAUGGACUUGCAAAGGCACGAGCUUGACUGCAUUAUUCAAUUGCAGAGUGAAAAGCUGAAGUUUGCAUUGCAAGAGCAGAGGAAGCAACAGCUAGCAGCUCUAUUGAGCAACCUAGAAUCCAGAACGUUAAAUUUAAUUAGGCAGAAAGAAGACCAGUUAAGACAGGCAACCAAGAAAACGAUGGAGCUCCAGGACUGCCUGAGAAAAGCGGAGAUGGAAAGCGACACGUGGCAGCGGGUGGCGAAAGCGAACGAAACAAUGGUGAUGGGCCUAAACAACGCGCUCGUGGAGGCCAGAGAGCGACUGGUUCUGGUCAGCAGCGAAGCCGACGACGCAGAGUCCUGCUGUGAAAACAGAGUAGCAAUUAUGGAGGAAGAUCAAUUGGCCGAAGAGAAAAGGAGAAAGUUGGUUUGCAAAAGCUGCCACGCGCGGAGCUCGUGCGUGCUUUUUCUGCCGUGCAGGCAUCUCUGUUCGUGCAAGUUCUGUGAAGGGUUUCUUGGAUUCUGCCCCGUUUGUGAUUCCACCAAGGAGGCAAGCAUGGAGGUCUUUUUUGUCUAGCACGAAAAAGUGCCAAGCAAAACGUGCUUCCAAAAUAGCAUCACUAUUUAGUUGUACUCUUGUGAAUCAUGAUGCCUUUUGCUAUUCUCCAUUUGGGGUAGUCCUUUCAAUAUAGAUAAGUCUAUAGCAAUUCUGGAAAAAUGAUCUGGAGAUCUUGAUCAUCUUGUAAUCGUGUUCGUUUAUCGUAAAUUAUUUUAA